UGCCAAUUCACCUUCAAUCAGAUGUUUGUGGCUAACAUUGAAUUUGCUUGUACUCUUAAACCUCAGAAAGCAAAAUAUGAUCAAGGAUUCAUGAUGUUCAUGUUCUCCUUUGCCUGAUCCUUAAUCGUUCUACAUGGCAAUGGGUCACCCACGACUUGUAGCCACAUGUGAUUUCUUUAUCUUUAAAAAAGUAACACACGCACACAACGUCAUUGGCUCAGAACUAAGCAUAAUCAUUCACAUAUUGAUAGUUUUACUAGAUCAUAAAUAAGUCUAAGUCUAAUUAAUGCACCACUUUGCAAUGAUAGGUUUCAUCACUGUUCCUAUUUAUGAGAGAAAACUGAUAAAAUAUUGCCCUGACUCUGUCUUUGCCAACUCAUGAGUGUGUUGUUUUAAUAUGGUUGCAAUUUUCCUGAAUUCAAAAUUACCUGUUGUUUUAUGACUGACUUCUAUUAAUAUUUGUUAUCCUUGGUUAAAAUGUUUCUUUGUACACCUGAGAGGCAGUUAGGACUUGAAACAAGCUUUUCUUGAGCAAAGUAACCUGGUCAUAUAGGAAUGGGCAUUGACCACUCACGACUAUAUUCUAGGAUAGAGUGUGGUUUAGUUUCCUAGGGCUGCUGUGGCAAAAUACCACAAGGGGGUCGUUUAAAGAAGAGAAAUGUAUUUUCUCAUAGUUCAGGAGAUUAGAUGUCUGAAGGAUCUAGGGAGGGUCUCCAUCUAUUUCAGCUUCUGGUGGCUGCUCACAAUCCUUGGCAUUCCUGGCCUAGCAAUUAUAGAUACAUCGACCUCCAUGGUCUGUCUGCCCCAUCUGUGUCUCUGUUUUUAUAUUACUUUUUUUUAUAAUGCAGAAAUGAUUAGGCUUAGACCCAUCCUGCUCUGGUAUGACUAUAUUAACAUAACAAAAGAAAACCCCCAUUUCUAAACAAGGUCAUGUGUGAUUUCAACAGAUAUUUGUGGGAGGGGUAGCAGGGACAAGGACGGGGUACAAUACAAUCCAUAGCAGAGCGCAUUAGUAGCAUAGAUCCACGAACUUCAUUCCUCCUCCCUAACAUAUGAAAGAACUUUUAGUAUAGUAAGCCACAGGAUUUAUAUUGCCAUGCCUUUAUCUUUUAAAAAAAAAUUCAGUGUAGGAUUCCUAGGUAAGUAUCAACAUAUUGUUUAGUUUUUUUUUAAGGGUAAAUGCAUGUAUUUAUCUAAAUAACUCAAUAAGAAUCUAAUCAUUUGUUUUUUAUUGUUUACUAACAAACUUCAAAAUGCUAUCCAUUUAAAAGCCCUCCCUUCACAUGUAAAUUGUAGCCUUUUAAAAGAUUUAUUUGUUAAAUCAUAUGUAGCGGAUAAUUCUGUUACACAUGCCUCCCCCCUUUAUUUUAAUAAUGUGAACAUGCCCCUCUAUAGUACUCUAUAGUAUCAUGUAAACAUCAAAGCACACUGAACUAUCAUUUCCAUUUGCUUGUUUUCUACCUUCCUUGUAAUUAAACAAUAUCAUAAGAAUAAUUAUCUAUCACAGCCCUCUAAUAGAUACAUGUAGAAAGUUAAGAAGGAAAUAAUAAUACUCCUGCUGCUGUACCAAGAUGUUAUAUAACAUAGUAUAUUUAGUUGAGUAUGAAAUGUAAUUUUAGAUGUAUUUUUGCUCCCUUUUUUCUAGUCUUUUGUUUCUUUUUUGGGGGGGGGGCGGGCUUGUCAUAAAUAUUUUCUGUUGGCCACAAAGCAAGAUGGCUAAUUUACAUUCCCUUUGCUUAGUUGAUUCCAAAUUUGAUACUUCAGUAAAGAUUGGAAUUUACUUAGCUUUAUUUUGGCCUUUUUUGUUCUUUAUUCAUUAUGGAUAUAAAUUAGCUCUACUAUUUUGAAUGAUACACCAACAUAGAAUUUGGAAUGAGACACUAAUCAACUGUAGCAUAUUUCCCAUUAAUAUCUUUUUUCCCCCCAUUAAGAUUUUAUACACUGUUUCCAAAUGAAGAUUUGAAGUCUAACUUGUAUAACAGUGUCCCUUAAUCGUUUCUCUUUGUAACUUUGUGUUUUUUGUUAAGGAAGAGGCAAAGUGCUACCCUUAAGCCUUUUUAAAAUGCUGAUUGCGACUGCAGAAAAUUAUCCUUUUCUUACAGCAGACUUGUAUGUGUUCUCAUCUUAGAAAGUCUGUAUUCAUAAACAGAUUUGUUUGGGCAUAUCACACCACUGUGUGUGUGUGUCCUGCUUUUUUGUUUGUUUGUUUUAUACUCUAUGAUGUCAACAUUAUUGGUUGGAAAAUCCUCCUUCACAUCUGCUGAGAGAGGGAAACCUGUUUUCAAGCCUGACAGCGCCUAUCAGGGUGGCGUCUUUUUUCUCACUGUACACUUUCCGACAGACUAUCCUUUUAAACCACCAAAGAUUGCUUUCACAACAAAAAUUUAUCAUCCAAACAUAAAUAGUAAUGGAAGUAUUUGUCUUGAUAUCCUGAGGUCACAGUGGUCACCAGCUCUGACUGUAUCAAAAGUUUUAUUGUCGAUAUGUUCUCUACUUUGUGAUCCUAAUCCAGAUGACCCUUUAGUACCAGAUAUCGCCCAAAUCUACAAAUCAGACAAGGAAAAAUACAACAGACACGCACGAGAGUGGACUCAGAAAUAUGCCAUGUAAAUGCGGAAAAAAUUUUUCAUAUAUACCAGAGUACUGUAAAAUCUAGGAUUGUUUUUCCCCCGUCAAUAUUAGCAGUAAAUUGAGCACUGUUUACUGUUUCAGUGUACCAUGAAACUCUUUGAUUUUUUACCCAUUUUAAAUGUGUUUCUGAAGCAAGACAAAAAACUUCCAAAAAUACUCAUAAGACUGUGAUGAGAGCAUUUAUUGUUUUGUAUGCCUUGAGAAAGACAUUUAUUAUGGUUUUUAAGAUACUUGGACAUCUGCAUCUUCAGCUUACAAGAUCUACAAUGCAGCUGAAAAGCAACCAAAUUAUUUUUUGCUGAAACUAGGUGUUUUUACAUGAGAAAUACUGUCUGUGCCGUCUAAGACGUCGUCAGUUUUAUAAAUGUCUUCAGAUUUCAUUCUUUGUUAGCUCACUUUAUAAUUUGUAUUUUUUUACUGUAUAGAUGAAAUAUAUUCUAUUUACCAUGUGCAUCAACUUAUGACUUUUUUCCUGUGAACAGUAUUGAAGAAACUCAACAGCUGAUAAUUAAAUGAAUUAACUGUCUGUCUCCCUUAUCUUAGGGUAUUCUGUAGAUUGAUGGAAGAUUUCUUAAAACCUGAAAUGAUCUUUACACUGUAAUUCUCAACAUACUGAUUAAUGGAGAAACACUUGUUUUGAUUUUGUUAUACUUGACUUAACUUUAUUGCAAUGUGAAUUAAUUGCACUGCUAUGUAGGAAGAUGUGUAACUUUUAUUUGUUGCUAUUCACAUUUGAGUUUUUUUCUGUAUAGGCAAUACUAUAUCGACACCUUUUACAGGUCUUACUGUAGCUUUUUCCAUAUAAAUAAAAUGCUUUUUCUACUA